AUGUUAUUGGUGUCAGAAAAAAAACGAAACAGCAGCAAGGAAAUUGAAGAGAUCAUGGACUCGAUUCAAAGGAAUUGGCCCAGUGAGGAAAGCACUUCGGCCAAACAAUCGAGUGAAAUCGAUAGAAUUCCUCACGUUGAUUCAAUGGAAGCAACACUGCUACCACUAAGCGAGAUCCAGACGUUGGCCGAAAAGCCUGUCUCUGCUUCAAAGAGGACCGCCAACAUAUCGAAGAAAUCGUCUAGGCCUUCACUGCGUAGACGAGAACCGGUUCAUUCCAACAAUAAGAACAGAACAAGGAUCAUUCUCUCGCAAACUCCGCUCCCAAAAAUCCCUAAAACAAUGGCGCCUGUUCCUCCUCAAACAUCUCAUUCCCAUCUUGUAAGCGAGGCGAUAGCGCUUGCCACCUCAAAGGGGUUACGAGGAGGGUACAUUGAAUUUUUGCGAUCGAAUACUGACGAGAGUAUUAAACGAUCGUUCGACGAAGUCAAGAAAGAGUUGACUAAUCGGCAAUCUUUCCUGAAAUCUGCUACCUCAGUUGUUCGUUACCUCCAGGCUGCUCGUAUUCUGUAUAACAGACUAGACUGGAAAGAAAGACGGAAAUACGAGUAUGCAGCUCGUGACCGUGCCCGCAUGGAGCACACAUCCGACCUUCAAAGAAAAGGAGUGGAAGAUGAGAUGCCGCUCUUUAUCAAUGAAACGCAAACGAAUGAAAAGGAAGUAAUGGGCAAGAACGCAUGCAAUAUGCCUCCUAGUGAACAUUUGCUCAAAGAUCGGCGCUCUUUAGAGGAUUUUCGGAGAUAUGAAGCCUGCAAAUCCCGAAGAAUUCACUGUCCUCUUUGUUCUCUAGGAUCUGAACGUUUGACUAAUGCUGUUCAUUACCAGGGUCAUAUGCUAGAACACCAUUCUUGCGCCUAUCUAUUUGCCUGCCACUUUUGUGGAUUAGUAUUCCCCUCCCUUGACGCACUGAAAGCCCACGAUGGUUGUGAAGAAUUUGCUACAGCGUUAGUACAGCGAAUAAACUCAUCAGGUGAACUAGAGUUUCAAAUGAAUUUCGCCACCUUAAUAAUGGUGUGCACUGAUUGUGGUUCGCAACUUCUAAUUCGAGCUUCGUACAUUGGAGAGUCUUCAAUUUCUCAUUGGAACGAUAUCGUCGACUUUCAUAUGCUUCACAAUGCCGAGAAAUUGGUUCCACUAGUCAUUUAUUCCCAUGAGGAUUUCACGGUUAAGAUGCGUCUGCGGAUACAAACUAUGACUUCGGCAAUCAAAGGUAUUCAAAUGGUAUGCCCACAUUGCCAGAAGAGCGACUUCGACAGCGUAGAUGCACUGGAAUCACAUUUUCUCUCUCAUGAGGAAAGCAUCAAAAGACUUUGCCCGGAGUGUAAACUGCAGUUCAGUCAAGAGGCAUUUUUCAGAGAACAUCUUUUAUCACAUUUGGGUACAAAAGCUUGCUAUCUCGCUUUGCAUUUGUCUCGAAUUUGUACAUUUAUCACGGGUGGAGUUCCAAGCUGUGGGCCAAAUCUUUCUUCAGCUGGUGCGCUCAUCUAUGGAGGCGUUUCGUCUGCUGUAUUCAAUUCUAAGUUGUCAAUGCAAUUUAUUGAUGUAUGGGAAUCAUCGACAGUUAGGAAAAAAUCGAAUAGACGAGAUCGCAAACGUAGAUCUGGUCCUGCGUGCAAAAAAGAUCCAGACGAAGUUGAGGAUGACCCACUCCCAACGGAUGAAGCAGCUGCCAAAUUGCGAAAGCUUCUGGGUGACUCUUUCGAUUGCGAGGGUGUGUUGAGGCUGAACAGUUUUUUCUACACUGCAGUGAAUUCUAAAGAUGAAACGGAAGAGUCUUCAAGAUUGUACAAUUCUGUCAGUACCGAAUACGAAUGUCUUGUGGAAGACCGCAGUUCCGGGACAGGCACAAAACUGGCAGAUGACAUUGCGAGAAAGUUUUCGAGAAAUUGUAGACUUGCUGGUGGAAAAACUUUGUCGAAGAAACACAAUCCUUCACACAUCGGACUCUUUUCAAAAAUUUUGAUGUGUCGACGUUGCCAUUGUGUAUGUGUUGGAGUCAAGGCAGUCUUUGCCCAUCUAUCUCUUUGUUGCCCAGAACUGCGUUGUGAUGAGAAUAGUCAAGCACCUUUUGAUCUCGACAAUGAUUUACUGGUGUUCUGUGUAUAUACUGGGAAUGGAGUGCCCAAUACUCGUAUCAAAUGUUGGGAAUGUUCAACUACUGUGUGUUCUGUGCUUGGAUUGCGUAUACACAUGAUUGUAGAUCACGGAAUUUUCUUGAAGGUUGAGUAUGAACCGCCUGAAGCUCCAGAUUUGGUGGAUGAUAGGCCUGCUUUUUUCUCUGUGACAUCCCGAACGAUCAACAAGGCCAUAGGCCUUACGGAGAACGGCUCUCUUCCUGUUAAUCUUGAAGAGAGAAGAAAGGAGGCACUAAUGGCUAAAAUGAAGAAUCAGAACGUACUCGCUAGCAGCCCUUCACAUUUCCGACCAGCUACUGGUUCACCAGCAUCUUCUACGACUCCACAUCCCAGAAAGGUUAAAUCACCAAAAAAGAACUCGACUCCAGCAGCUUGUACCGGGAAAUCACCCGUGGUUAUUUUCGACGAAGCAUCACCGCCUUCAGUCCAGAUACUUCACUAUAUGAAUCCUCCUUCUGUUCAAAUACUUGAGAAUGAAAACCAGCCCUCUGCUGCCAGUGUCUCUAACGGGUUUACCGAGUUAACCAUAGAAGAACGCGAGAUCGAGCAUGGGAUGAACGGUGCGAAUUGCGUUCCUAUUUUAGACACUGGAACUUUUGUAACAGAAGAUGUCCAAGUUUUCGAGGUUUCUGGAAGUUCAAGUGAUCAUUGCAGUCGUGAUGAAGCUGGAAACAAGCCUGUUUCAUCACUCCCAAUCUCGGAACCAGCUCUGUCUAGUAACAAUGAGCAACAAAAAUAUGGUGAUCCGAGCAAUAAUACGACAGCAAAUGAUGUUUCGCAAGUUGACGAGGUUUUGGAGGCGAUGCAGGAAACUCCGGAAUGUGAACUUUGUGGUCUUACAUUGCGUUCACAUGAUGCGUUAAGGAAACACUACAAGCUACAUACGGAAAUAACAAGCACAUGCUAUUUAUGUGAUCCUCCUUGUUCGUCUUUGGACACUGCGGAAUUGUAUCUCGAUCACAUCCACAUAAAGCAUACAACUCCACUGGAUUUGAAUAAAGAAGAUUUUUCUGAUUAUGCUGUAUGCUCUUUUUGUGACUUCAAUGUUCGGAAAUCUCAAGUAUUUCAACACUUGAUAUCCGACUGCUAUAUGGCUCCGUGCCUCAUCUGUGGCGAUAAGCUUCCGCGCAAAAAUGAUCGCAUCUCACACCGAAGGACGCACAGAGCUGUCUUUGAUAGAUUCAUGUGUGAGUGCCGUCGUGGAUUUUCACACUUUUCGACUUUUGCGCAACAUCAAUGUCGUACGAAAACUUUGCUUACCGUCACAUGUACUGGUUGUGAUCUGAAGUUUGCUGCUUCGUUGAAUGGCGGUCGCGCUAAGGUCUUGGGGGACAGUGCGGAGCAUUUCAUUAAAGAACAUACAAAGGAUCUUCAUUGCAUGCUGUGCAACAAUGAACCUCUUGAGGCAUUAAGAGAGCAUGUUCUGAGUCAUUUAACGGAGUCCUCUGAAGUAUGCACCCCGGAACGAUCACUGUUAACCUGCAAGAAUAUUGAUAUGUUUGUAAACACAACGGAAGAAAAUUUAUGUGUUGAGUUACGGAAAUCCUUAAGAGAGAGAAAGCGUUCUAGAAAAGGAGGUGGAUCCGGUUCGGAGCAAGAUACGAAUGAGUUAAUGGAAACGUCCGAUGCUGAUUCAGCACCUUCUGUAACGUUAGAAGACAAUACCGGUGAUGAAGAUAUCGUACGCAUGGAUAUACUAGAGGAAUCGCAAAUGGACGACUUCCAUCCCGUCGAAGGUAGCAAUUCACGUGACGGCAAUUCACCCUCUGUGCUAGAGAAACAGCGACAAGUACUGGCUGGACUCCUCGACGACUUAGGUCCACCUCCAUCUGUAAUUAUUAUAGAGAACGAAGCUGCGGUCAUUCGAGAGGAAAGAGAGGAACCACAAAGUGCAGUACCCAAAAGUUCUGUUGCUGACGAUGGGGAAGAUGACAUCCUUGUCAUUGAUGAGAUGGGAGAACCCCUGCCACCUUCACUGUCUACAUCAUCUCUUGUGGUACAUACGGUCAACGAAGGUGACGACGACCUCAUGAUGUUGAGUGUUGUUGAGCUGCCGACCGGCUCAAUCUCACAUUCUAUUGCUUCAACACGUGAGAAAAAGUAUAAAUGCUCUAUGUGCAGCGAAACAUUUCUUCGUGAGUCCACAUGCCGUCAUCAUGAGCAGAAUUCACAUCGCAACGAUAUCGUGUCGGAUACUUGUGAUGAGGUGUAUGGUGUCCCUCUGGGGAUGGAAUGCUUUAUGUAUUUAUGUCAGCAGUGUGCAGUUGCAUUCGAAGAUCCACAGAGAGCACGCAAACAUCUUGCGCAACAUAUGGUGAAGGGACCGGCAUUUCCAUGUGAGAAAUGCAGCAGCAUUUGCUUGACGGAUUCAAAUUUGCGUGACCAUCAUAAGAAGCAUGACAGUGGAAAGCUUUCGUAUCGCUGCUUGAAAUGCAAUCCUAACAAAAUAUACUGUAGUGAGUCUGCUAUAUAUUUUCAUCUCUACAUUGAACACAGUGUCCCUAUCAUUGCCUUCUGUAAGAAUUGUUUGGUUGGCUCUGCAAAUUUGGAUCGUAUAUUCGCCCACACUAUCAUGCGUGAGUGUUCCGGUGGCAACAAGGAAAGUCCACGUGCAUCGUUGCAAACAUUACUCCGCUCCCUCGGAUUUGCGAUCGCUUCUGAGCUGUACUUCCAACCAAAUGAUGAGGCUGCACACAAACAAGCAGAGGCGAUGAAGCGAUGUUCGACACGUGCGACUCAAUCCUACUGCUUUCUGGCACAGGCGCAGCUAACUGAAACUCAGAAAGCAGAUCGAUAUGGAGUAGAACCCAUCUCACUACACCCUUUUGCGUUCCGGCGUAGCGUGGGCGCACAAUCUGUCGUUGUGGAACUCGUGCCACCUUAUCUUUCGCCUUCCGGUGCUGAUGCACCACUUCAGCUUCGUGAAACUUGCCUUCCCUUUUUGCCUUCCGACACCAAUCCGUUCAUUUGA